AUGAGCAGCAUCGAAAGUGGGGGCGAUGAGGGGAGAGCCGGAAGUGGCGGCGGACAAGGUAGCAUGGACGGUGAAAGUGGAAGUGCGGAUGGUGAAAGGGGAAGCGCGCCAUCCUCUGUUUCAUCAAAAGAUGUUCUCGGCACUCCGGAUGAAAAUCCAGUAUGGGCGCGACUACGUGAAAGAGCGAUGGGACAAUCGCAGUCCUAUAGCAUAAAUCUAGCUUGUGAAGAAUCAAUGGGUGUUUCAUCGCCGGAGUGUUCACCGUCGCCGGAAUGCAAGUUUCCGAGUGCUGACGAAGCGGGGCCUUCAAUUGUUUGCGUUGAACCGGAAUCACCGGAUGAAUGUGGUGCUGCUUCUUCGGACAGCUGCCUUCACCAAGCCUUUACGGCUUCAAUGCAGAAGCGAAACGAUGAAGCGCUUCGAAAGUUGCAAGAGGCCAUUGAUAACAACGAGCCGUUCGAUAUCGAUGACAUUUCGUUGGUGGACAAUGUUUUCUCUUAUAAGUUCAACAACUCAGCCGACGUGCAAGAAAAAGUUUGCAUAUGCGAGGAGUGGCUGAACUUCUUGGUGAAAAUCACUCCGAUCGCAACAUCGCGCUGGCUAUCGCAUUUUCAAUUUAGCAUAUAUUACACUUAUCACUUGUUGAGCAUCGUUUUUCGGCAUUAUGACAACCAAGAGGAGAAGAGGCGAUUUUACAAAAUUUCUUUGCCUCUUUUCACAAGUUUAUUGCAAGCAACUGCUCAUAUUCCGGAAACAUCGGAGGAAGUUGUGAACACGAAACUCGAUGUGCUUUUGAGUAUUUCGUUUAUUGCUGUAUUAUUCUGCGAUGUUAGCGAUUCGGAGAUUGAGCGAUACAUUCAGCGGGAAAUGCGUCUUCUGGGUACGGUGGCAGUGGGAAAUUAUUCCACCGAAGCUUCAACACUGAUGGUGCAAAAAGUUUACCGAAUUGGCAAUAAUUUGGAGGAGCGAAAGCGUCUUCUCGGAAUUACUGAAUAA